AUGGCGCAAUCAACACCAAUCGGAGUUGCUCUCAUUGGAGGAGGCAUUUGGGCUAGAGAGGAACAUGCUCCCGCCGUCGAAGCAGCCAAGGAUACACUGACUCUCAAAGCCGUUUACUCCCGCUCAGCAGCAUCUGCUAAAUCGUUAGCCGAGAGCGUUUCCUAUCCUGUAGAUCUCUACUCUGAAGAUGGCGACAAGAGCCUUGAUGAGCUCUUACAACGUCCAGAUAUUGGGGCUGUCAUCAUCGCCCUGUCCAUCGAAAGCCAACCCCGCUUCAUCAAAGCGGCUCUACUAGCCGGAAAGCACGUUCUCUCCGAAAAGCCCGUAGCCGAGAACAUCCAGGAUGCAGAGGAUCUGAUCAAAUGGUACCGCGCUGAUAUCAAGGGCCCAACGUGGGCAGUUGCCGAAAACUUCCGAUACUUGAAUUGCUACAACUACGCAGCAGAGCAAAUCAAGGGAAUGGGCAAGAUUACAAAUUUCCAGGGACGUCAACAGAGUUGUAUCCCCAUAGACAUGAAGUUCAAUCUCACACCCUGGCGACAAGUUCCCACCCACCAAGGCGGAUACCUUCUCGAUGGAGGAGUUCACAACAUGGCAGGUCUUCGGCUUCUGCUCGGUGCACAGCCUGGAAACGAGAUCGCUACCCUCUCGGCAUUUACCAAUCAACUCCAGCCUUAUCUGCCUCCGGUCGAUACAGCUGACAUGAUUCUGAGAACGAGAUCUGGGGUAACUGGAGCUUUUCAGGUUUCUAGAGGUACAACAUUGCGGGGGGAUGAAUUGACUGUUGCGUGUGAGGAUGGGUGGGUUAAGAUUGAGAAUGAGAAGGUGACUAUUUCGAGGGAUGGAAAGGAGCAGACGACUACUGUUGCCAAUGAGCGCACAGGUGUUCCUCCUGAGAUUAGAGCCUGGGGCGCAAGUCUUGUGGCUGGAAAGGUGGUUCCUGAGCAGGAGCCUGAGGCUGCGUUGGCUGAUCUUGAGCUGAUUGAGCUCAUGCUUAACAGUGGAGCUCAGGACGGAAAACCUCUUGUCUGCAAGCAUCAAGUCGUGUAG